AGAAGACAGACGUCCAUCUCAAGAAUAUCCUGACAGUGUAACAUGGCCUCUCUCUCUCUGUCCCUGGGACUGCUGGUGCUAUGCACCCUGGCUCUUGUACACUGUGACCUGCAUAACAGCCCCAUCAGGGUGUGGGGUAUUCGUGCCUCCAACCUGAAAGGACGCUUUUUCUCAAAACCAGACCCCUACGUCAAGGUGUGGUGCGGUUCAUCCUUUCAUGGCAAGAGCAGCAUUCUGAAAAAACAGGUAAACCCCACCUGGCCCAGCGAGUUCAACUUUGCUAACAUCCUUCCCAACUCUGUCCUGACGGUGGAGGUGUGGGAUGAUGUCAUCGGACUAGAUCGCCGCAUGGGAACCUGCACCACAACCAUCCGCCCAGGAACACACUUCGAGACCUGCUACCUGAAGAAAGGCACCGUUUACUACACCUACAGCUACGGCUACUAGAUGGAACAGUAUGAUGAUUAGAGUGUAACCUGUGACCUUGAGUCUGAUUCUUUCGCUCGUAUUCACUUCCUUAUAGCAUAAAAAAAAAAGUGCUUUACGGCAAGAUGGUCUGUCUGGCUUCAUGUUUCUGAAUUGUUAAAUGAUUUCUCAGAAGAUGUCUUAGAUGGUACACAUUCGGAAGAGCAGAAUGUGGCUGUCCCAUGACACCAGAUCAAUGUCUGUGCUCAUGGGGCGGGCCUAUGAUUUAGUUCAACUCCGAAGGGAAUUAGUUGUAAAUGUAAAUCCCAUCAAUUAUUAUUAAGAUAAUAAUGAGGAGGAAGAUUAUUAUGAUUAUUUUUUACUAUUAUUGUUAUUAUGAUGAUUAUUUUUAUUAGGUGUGGGAUGAUGUCAUCUGACCAGAUCGCUACAUGGGAACCUGCACCACCACCAUCAGCCCAGGAACACAGUGAGACCUGCCACCUGAAGAAAAGCACCGUCUACUACACCUACAGCUACGACUACAGUCACUAGAUGGAACAGACUGAUGGUUAGAUUGUAACCUAUGACCUUUGUGACCUUGUGUCUGAUUGGU